GUGACAGAUUGUAUAUGCAGGAGUGAACCCUCCAACAUGGAACUAAAUCUGAUUUACUGGCUACCUUUGACAAUUUUGCUACUAAUAUGUAGCUACCUGCUGUUCAGAAAAAAAGAUGACUACUUUCAGAAGAUUUCGGUUUCUUCCGUACCCUCGGGUCUAUUUCUAUCAUUUUUAUUUAGAAAAUAUUCAUUUUCCGAUUUAAUCAAAAUAAUCUACGACAAAUACGUCGCUGACAGAGUCGUUGGAAUGUCCGAUUCCCGGGGUCGAGUGCUGAUUCUGCUGGAUCCGGAACUGAUCAAGACGGUGGUGGUAAAAAAUUUCGACCACUUCACAGAUCGACGACCAACGUUCUGGAAUGCCAAUGCCAGGAAUCCGAAAACAGUACUGAACCGAUCAUUGUUCUCGUUGGCCGGCGAAAAUUGGCGGAAUAUGAGGGCCACCUUGAGUCCGGCGUUCACCGGAAGCAAAAUGCGAUUGAUGUUUGAGCUGGUGUUGGAGUGCAGCGAGAAUAUGGCACGGCACUAUCGGGAACUACUGACAGCAGGAUUGGGUUCUUGCGAGUACGACGUGAAGGAUGUCUUUUCCCGAUUUACAAAUGAUGUCAUUGGUACGUGUGCUUUCGGGAUAAAGGUAGAUUCGAUGAAAGAUCCGGAUAACGAUUUCUUCACAAACGGCAAGAAGAUGACGCAUUUUCAGAGAUUUAGUGUAUUGUUGCGAGUGCUUGCAAUCAAUUCAUUUCCAGGGCUAACAGAUUCGUUAGGAAUUGAGAUCAUUGAUCGGGAACAGUUGAACUAUUUCUUCGAGUUAAUCAUGAACGCUGUGAAAACCAGAAACGCGAACAAUAUAGUUCGACCCGAUAUGAUUCAUUUGCUAAUGGAAGCCCGGAAAGGUUUAUUGAAAUACCAUCAAGAAAGUGAACAAAAUGAUGGAUUUGCGACCGUGCGGGAGUCUGAAGUCGGACAGGUUCAGACAAGUUUCCAGAUGACGGACUUGGACAUGGUAGCUCAAUGUUUAAUAUUUUUCACUGCUGGAUUCGAUACGGUGUCAACUUGCCUAACGUUCUUAGUAUAUGAAUUAACAAUUAAUCCAGAUGUUCAACAGCGUCUCUACGAAGAAGUAAUACAAACUGCCAAACAACUUGAUGGUUCCCCAAUCGGUUAUGAGACCUUGCAGAAAAUGAGAUACCUAGACAUGUGCGUAUCGGAGAGCCUUCGCUUAUGGCCACCAGUAGCAAUGGUUGAUAGGCUGUGUAUUAGCGACUACCGAGUAGAUGACGGACGGCUUAACUUCACUAUCGAAAAGGGUGUCGGUGUCUGGAUUCCGAUACACGGUCUUCACAGAGAUCCCAAAUAUUUUCCCGAUCCCGAGCGGUUCGAUCCGGAACGGUUCAACGAUGAAAAUAAAGGCAGUAUAAACAUGGGAGCUUAUCUACCGUUUGGUGUCGGUCCGAGGAACUGCAUUGGGUCUAGAUUUGCGCUGAUGGAGGUUAAGUCUAUUGUGUAUCAUAUGCUGCUACAUUUCAGUUUUGAGCGAACAGAUCGAACACUGGUACCGAUGAAACUGAUACGUGGGGCAGUUACUAUGGGCAGCGAGAAGGACGUGGUGGUUGCACUGAAAUUGCGAAAGUGAGUUUUAGUGAUCGGUUCAAUAGGGAAUAAACCAUGUUAUACUUGUUUUUUUUUAAGUUGUUUAUUUGACACAACUAGUUGCGUGAGUUAUACGGAGCCGUAGGGCUUAUACAUU